CGCACGCCUAGCCACCCCGGUUGUCUCGCCGAGCCGCGACAGGAGCCGAACGCUGCGACAGUCACUGCUUACACGCACUCGAAAGGCGACCGGCGCGUCCCGGCCAUCGACAUGGAGGUCCUCACCAAGCUCGCCGUCCUGGCCGCCAUCUUUGUCGUCUCCGGAGAGGCCCUUUUUGCGCCGAAAUGCCUGUGGAGCGGCCUACUGGGGAGUAGCGAGGAGAGCGGGGAGCGGUGGCUGAGGGACACGACGUCACUGCGGACGAGGGACUCCAGGGUGCGGCGCUUCCUCUGGACGGACAAGGACGUGUGCGACUGGAUGUGCCGGGACGACUACGGCUCCGAGGUGCGGGACAUUUGCCGCCGCUGCUGCCCCGGCAGCGCCGCGGCCACCCAGCGGCCUCGCCCACCAACCGCGGCCACGGCCUCGGAGCAGAGCCGCGCGCCCAGGACCACCGUGAGCGUAGGCGCCACGGCCACCACGGCCCAGGCCUCGGACGGCACCCAGAGCACCACGGCCGGCACGACAGGCGCCGCUAGCACGCCGGCGGCGGCCACCACGGCGGCCUCCUCGGCACCUACCACGCUGGCCGCAGCGACCACGGUGCCUGCGGGGAAGUAGUGGUGCCAGGAACAGAGCCCGGUAAAACGCCUGCAACUCCCGGUCGGGCUGCAGCCGGCACCCGCUCGCUCGGUCCCGUCCCCGCUGCCAUUUCGAGUCCCGGUCGGGCGGAGGCAGUGGCGGAGCGUGGCGGCCGAGCUCAGACGGAGUUUUGCGACGUAGGGAUGACACUGGCCCGAGCAGGCGUUUUGCCGGGCUCUGGCCAGGAAUGGGGUGUUCCGGACAAGCGGGGAGGCGGAAACGGAGCUGCCCAGCCGGUCGCGCCCGUUCCAUCUCUGCCUGUGAUUCGCGCAGCCCCGCUCACCUCCCCCACUCCACUUCCCCGCGCACCUGCCGCUCGGCUUCUCCGGAAUAUCCUUAUUUAUUUACUUUUCGUGUCUAUACUUUCAAAGAUAACGUCUACUAAGUUAACAUUUUUUGUAUAUUUUUUGUUAGUUUACCCGCACAGAAAUAUGGACGAUGGUGAUGUAAAAUGAGCACGACUAUGAAAAUACAUACAAUUGCAGCUA